AUGGAUAAAGAAAAAUCAGAUAAUGAAGUUAAUGAUAAAGAAAAAGAGAUAGGAAUAGAGAUAGGACUAGAUAUAGGAAAAGAGAUAGAAAGAGAGAUAGAAAAAGAAAUAGAAAAAGAGAACCAAGAUAAAGAUAAAGAAAAUGAAACACCAUACCAACCUUUUAUACCAGAAUUAAAAAAAAAAAGAAAAUAUACAACAUCAAUAUUAGAUGAUGAUGAUGACGAUAACAAUAAAAACCAAGAAGAAAAAGAUGAUGGAUUAAAUGAAAAUGAAAAAGAAAAUGAAAAUGAAAAAGAAAAAGAAAAUAAAGAAUUAACUACUCCUACUUCUACAACUACUACUACUACAACUACAACUUCAACUUCAAAUAAAAAUACUUUAAGUAUAAAAAAAAUUAAAAAAGAAAAAAAAGUUAAAAAGAAAAGAGUUAAAAAAAAUAUUGAGGAUAAUUAUGAAGAGAUUGAACCAACUGAAGUUAAUAAUUAUACAUUGGGUGAUUUAAUUAAAAAGAGAAUCAUUGGUGAUACAAUGAAAUCAACAUUGGAAAGAGAGAAAGCACUUAAAGACAAUCAACAACAAAUUUUAAAUCAUCAUCGUCGUUCAUUGGCACAACAAAAAGCUGCAACUGCUUCUGCAAGAUUAAAUGGCGAAGAGCCACCAUCCUUUAAUGGUGAAGAUAUUAAUGCACCCGCAAUCGAAUUUGUUAAUGGUCAAUUAGUAAUUAAACAAAAUCAAGAAGAUGAUAAUCCAUAUGGUGAUGCACCCGUAUUAGAAGAUGGUCAAGAUCAUAUAACUAAUAAUAGUUUCUCAAAAAGAAUAGCUUCAAAAAGAUGGUCUGAAGCUGAAACUCAAGACUUUUUUAUUCAAUUAAAAAGAUAUGGUACAGAUUUUUCAGUAUUAGAAAAAGUAUUUCCACAUAGAACAAGACGUCAAUUAAAAUCUAAAUUUAAGAGAGAACAAAAUGAUAAUCCAAAUUUAUUGGAUGAUAUAUUAAAAGGUAGAAUAGAUUAUAAUAUUGAAGAUUUUAAAAAACAAAGAGAUCAUGUUGCUAAACAACAAAAAGAUAGAGAAGACCAAAAGAAAAAGAUUGAUGAUAUACUCAAGAUGGGUGGAGAUGCAACUGGUGAACUCAAUGAAGAUGAUGAAGAUGAUGAUUAUAGGGAUUCAAUUAAUAAAGGUGUUGAUUCAUCUUUCAAUGGUGGUAUUAGUGGUGCUUAUCGUCCUGCAGUUGGUAAAUAUCAAAAAGAAGUUGUUAUGGACUCUCAAACUUAUGAAUCACAACAAGCUCAACAACAACAACAAAAUACUCAAAAUUAUGAUCCUUAUGCAAUGGAAAAUGAUAAUUAUAAUACAAAUGAUUAUGAAUAUUAA